UCAAAAUUAUGUGACGGCUGCAGCCAAUUAUCGUGACGAUUCACUCCUGUAUUAUAAAACACAUAGCGCCACCUCUACUUUCAAAAUAAGAAUAUUUGUCAACCGCGGUUAUUUUUUGUUUGCACCCUACACUUCAAUCCUAUUUAUGUACACGGUAAGGCAAAGCGCCUCUUCUUCCACAUUAAGGUAGAUUUGUUUGAUUAAGGGAAAAUGUUAUCAAACGUCGAAAUAAAAGCAAAAAUAUCCGAUUACGAAAGCGUAUUGAAAGCGACCAAGAAAAUAUGUGGCGAUAAUUGCGAAAUUUUACGUCAGGAAGAUACGUAUUUUAAUGUACCAAUUGGACGAAUGAAAUUUAGACAAGUAGAAGGAAAAUCUUCAAUGUUAGUUUUUUACGAUAGACCAAAUAGUGAAGAACCAAAAUUAUCAAAUUAUUGGAAACAAACAUUUGCAAAUAAAGCAGAAGCUGAUGGAUUAAAAGAAGUACUAAGCCAAGCAUUAGGACUUCGUGGAAUUGUGAAAAAAGAGAGAUUAUUAUACUUGAUUGACAAUACACGUGUUCAUUUGGAUAAAGUUGAAAAUCUUGGUUCUUUUUUAGAAUUAGAAGUAGUGCUUUCAGAAGGACAAAAUACAGAAUUUGGACAAAAUGUUGCAUUUUCAUUGAUGGAAAAAUUAGGAGUGAGGAAAGAUGAUCUUUUACCUUGUUCUUAUAUUGACUUAAUAAUGGCACGAAAUUAAUUGUUAUUACAGUGUAAAUUAAAUAAAAUAUAAUAAAAAAAUAUUAAACUAUUAUCACUAUCAAUGAUUUUUAACUUGGUUCAUCAUCAAGCAUUAUAAUACACGAUGAUGAUAACAGCUUUAAAUAUAUUGUCUUAACAAAAAUUAUAUGUCAAUACUGAUAUAAGGAAAUACCUCAAUCUAUUGUCUUCCAUUCAAAAGGCAAUCUUCAAGCAAACAAA